UCGUAUCCUGCGCUCAUUAUUUUCUAUCAAGAACGUAUAGUCUGUAUUCUGUGCAACUUAUAAGCAACUUAUUUUUAAUAAAACCAAUGGAAAACUAAAAUCCCGAAAACUAUACCCUGCUUACAAAACAAAAAAACUGAGUUUACGUUUUAACUUUUACGGUCGCAGAAGCAAGAUUCGCAGCCACCUGUUCCAGCACUGUUAUCACAUUGCUGAAAAUCGGGCAGAUUGUACAUAGGUCUGUACGAUUGUGUUCAGUUGUUGUGACUCUGUGGUGUUCCUCCCCCCUCCGGUUGGCCGCUUUGCAAGGAAGGAAACACAAAAAGCAUGCCCAAACAGAUGCAGACCGCGAAGUCGAAAGCACGAAAGUUUUCAGUUGUUUAAUUUUUCACUUCAAAGUUUUUUUUUACAAACGAGAAGUUAUUGCUUUUGAAUUAUGAAUGCUGAAUCAGUUAAGGGGCAACCGAAACAACGUCGUGAAUAUGCGUUUAUGAAAUUGUCAUUCGAGAAUAAGACUUAUAAGAGUGGCGAAACUGCGGAAUCGCCGGAUCCACGACUUUCUGUUUCUGACGCAGAAUUAUUUCGAUCCCCACAAGCCAGUUCCCGGAUAUCUGCUGGCGAAGAAAGAGUCGGAGUAAGCGAGGAUGCUCCGGAAGAAGGUGCAGAUGAACCUGAGGCAGAGACUGGAGCUCCAGAACACGCGAAAACGAAGAAGACAGCCAAAAACAAGCGACGGCAUUCUGAUGACCACGACGCAGCUGUGCAAGAUUCUGUGGAUACUGUUGCCGUGAAAGUUUCGGAUGCGGCCAUUUCCAAGAAGCCCCACAAGAGCGCUGCGAGGGCAGGCCUCGCCAAGAAGCAGAAAGAAGCAGUCAAAGAAGAGGCGCCUGUGGAAGUUAAAGAAUUUCGAACUGCUGCCCGAUUAUUACAGCUUCUUCGAAACGAAGUUGAGCCUGAGCCGUGUGGUAGUACUAAGUGUGCCCACUGUAAUUUCCAGGAAACAAGGAACCUGACCAGUGUUCGUCAGUCGCAUUACUUUCCGAAUGCACCUGCGAUUAACCAGGAGGAAGACUACUCAAAAGAUCGCCCUCCCCUGUCGUUUGUGCCACCGGCUAGUGGUGGCGAUACUCCCGUGUAUCCGAAUCCGAGAACAAACCCAGUUCCGUAUCGCCCAAUCUCAUCGCCGUCUGCCAAGUACGGCGGUAUGCUCGGAGCUUCUCGCCGCAUGUUUUCCGCCGUUCCCAUUGCUCCUAAACAGAAACAGCGUUUCAAAUACUGGCGCGUAAAUUAUGCCAAUCCCAGCAGUCGCAAACAUAAAAUAUGGGAAGACGAUGGAGUGCUGGUUGUGGAAGGGAAUGUGAUGACGCUGCUCAAAUCGGACCAUGAGACGUACAUCACGAAAAAGGCCGGGUGCUCGCAAAAAGAAAUCGAUCAGCUGGACGAUGACUGGUUGUUAAUAGUUGGGUGUAAAGAAGUGAAGAUCUUAGACGGGAUGACCGAGGAAGAGUUUCGAAAUAAUUCAUGAUGUACAGCUGUUGCUGAAGUUAGUCGGACGAUGGCUUUUCUAUGAUGUUCCCUGAUUAAGUCGUUCGUAAUUUUGUUUUAUCUUUUUAGUUAGAUAAUUGUAUGGAGUCUUGUAGAUAUUUAUGUAUUCAGCUAUGUCUCUCAUAUAUCUGUACUAGUUUUCUUCUUCCAUUUUUUUUCGAAAAUUUCGUAUAAUUUUCCAAACUUUCAGUUUAUUUGCCGAUAAGUGUAUUCUUGUUGCGGCUGCAUCGUAAGUACAUGAAGGAACAAUAAAACAAAAAAGAGU